AUGCCGGCCCAAUUCCCAGAUGAGGACAACACAAGUGAACCUUCUGAUUUCCUAGACGCCUUCUACGCCGCGGUAGCAGUGUCCCCAUCUGAACAUGGAGCUGCGGCAGAUAUUUCCUCCUCGUCUGAGGAUAAGGAUACGGUUUUCGACACUGCUGAUCCCUUUGCCGACGAACUCCAACAACCUACUCCCUCUCUACUGCGAACCUACUUCAAGACUGAGACUCCCCCCAGCAGCGAUACUGAUAACGAACAAGACCUUGGGGACAAGUAUUCACCGACACAGAAGGACCCUUUGCGGGAGAGUGGAGGGUAUGACAUAGGGUUGCAUCUCCCGAACCAGCGCGUUCUCGAAUCAGUACAGCCAUCACAGCUCAGAUACCCCAAGUCCCAAUAUGCAGGCUACGAGUCCCCGCUACCAGUUUACAAGGAAUCAACUGCAAUCGAAGACCUCCUGCAGGAACUCGAUCGGCAAAGACUCGCAAUGCCCAAGUCUAAACGAACAAGUCCUUCUAAUGAUUAUGAAGAGUUGGAGUUAUCAAAUUUCGUCGUCUAUCUCCCCGACAAUCGACACCAUCCUUUUGAACUUUGGUCGCUACAGGACCUCGCCAGCAAAACUGCCUAUUCCUGCUUUUUAUUUGACGGUAUUCUCAGCGUGGGGAACGUUCAGCGUUAUGUGGAAGGAGUUCCUUUUGAUUUAUGCUCUAUUGGAAAUUAUGGCGAAGAUCUCCAUGAUGUGGGAGACAAUAUUUGGAUCCGAUCUACAUUGCUGGCCGACUCAGAGAUCUACUACCGUUUGAAAUCUCCAGCGCCUGAAUACGCUCGUUUCUACCAUAGUUUUAUGUGGGUAGCUGGUCUUGCAAAGCAUUUCGUCGACUACUGUCAAGCGGCUGUCGAUGAAGGGAAACAAGUCUCAGUUCACAAUUUCCGCACAGAUUUUUCUCGGUGGGUCCAAAAGAUGCACGGAGAGUCCCCAAGCUUCCAGUCAUGGUAUCGGGAAUAUGAGAGCGAUGAUUUUCGGCGGGCUGUUGCCGCAAACAUACAGUUUCUGUUCAAGGAAAGCAUUGGAGUCGAUGACGAGCUUCGAGCAAUGCCGAUAUGGAAUGAGCUCUUGGAGAGGGAUUUUAUCCCAGUACAGCAACCCAAAGAAUCUAAAACAGUCGUCACACCUUAUGUUUAUGAUUGCUUUGAGCACCUUCGCUUUGGUCACCUGCUGAAGUCGGUAAGGCCUACGACAAAAGCGCAGGAUCUACGCGCCUCUCAAGGAAAGGCAUUAGACCUACCAGUCGACCGGGCUGCGAGUCAUCCAGUUGUGGGGAUUCCUUUAUCAAAAACUUCAAUGCCUGUGAAAGGGCUUUCUGAUGACAAAAGUGUCUCUAUGGACGACAAAAAAGCAGACUUUCUUGCAGAAUUAAAGCAAAAGAUCAAGGCUAUUCGGGUUGGGGAUGUGCUAUCCGUUACGAAAGACGGUGAGGGCUCGGUGUGGAAGGACGAGGUCAGCCGUUGGAAGGCUGCUGACGACUGUUGGUAUAUAUACGUCCAAGAAGUUCAUGAAUCGAACAAGGGGAAACGCUCCUUCUCCGGCCUCUGGCUCUACAAAUCCUCGGAUACCUGUUGUGCCAAGAUGAAGUAUCCAUAUCCCAACGAGCUGUUUCUCUCCGAUAACUGCACCUGUUCCCACGGCCGAAUCCCAGAAGACGAGGUUCUGGAUGUGGUGACUGUGGCCUGGCAUGCGCAACCCUCAAAAGCACAGCAGGGCCUAUUCGUUCGACAAGUCUAUCUCGAGAAUGAGAAGUUUGAGACCUUGAAAGAGGUGCAUAUGCAAUGCGAACAUCUUCGCCGGCGGAAAGCACCUAUAAUCCCAAAACAAUAUCCUAUCGGCCAGACGGUUCUCGUUCCUCCGCCUGAGCGACAACCGAAACAUACUUUAGAACCGUACGAGAUUAUCGAUUACGUUAAGGAAGGGACCAGAAUAAUGGCUAUAUUGAGGCAGCUCUUACGGCGACGGGAGAUGCCAGGGCAGAGUGCUCGCCGACCAAACGAAUUGGUGUACAGCAGCCAGACUCACAAAGUUGAAGCAAAGAACAUAGAACGGACCUGUCUCGUCCGUUUUUACCGCGAGGAUGAAGUAGAGAAAAAGGCUAUACCCGCGCCUUACAACAGAGAUGGGACCGGAAAUGCGUUCUAUAUCACGACGAGACUUGUGGAGAAUGCCGGGCGCCAGGAAUUAAAACCUAUCCAUGAAGAUCUCCCGCAGACCAUGAUUCAGGGGUUUGAUCCUACGGCUGCACCGCCUCGCAAGCAGCUCCAAGGCCUGGAUCUCUAUUGCGGUGGUGGGAACUUUGGAAGAGGUCUCGAGGAGGGUGGAGCCCUGCAUAACAAAUGGGCUGUAGAUUAUGCGAAGAUCCCCAUCCACUCGUACUAUGCAAACUUAAAAGAUCCAGCUGCGACGAAGCUGUACUGCGGUUCGGUGGAUGACCAACUCUAUCAGGCUCUCCACGGGAAUCCGAAACGAUCAGACCUCGUCCCUAUGCCUGGCGACGUCGACUUUAUAUCCGCAGGGAGUCCUUGCCAGGGGUUCAGCAGCUUGAACGUCCGGAAGAACAAUGAGAAGGGUCUUAAAAACCAAUCCCUCGUUGCUAGCGUGGCGGCAUAUGUUGAUUUCUACCGCCCGAAGUAUGGAUUGUUGGAGAACGUCAUGACCAUGGCGCAAAAGGGACUUGGCCGCGAUGAGGACGUCCUUUCGCAAUUGAUCUGUGCUAUUGUAGGGAUGGGGUACCAGCUCCAGAUCUUCGUUUUGGAUGCCUGGUCCUGUGGCUCUCCACAAUCGCGGAGUCGGCUCUUCGUAUCCUUUGCGGCUCCCGGAUGCGAGCCUCUCGAACAUCCACAAUUGUCUCACUCUCACCCGUCAGGCAUCAGACAUCGAGGGCUUGGGAAGCUGGCUAAUGGCCAGUCCUUCGGUCAGCGCAUCCAUGGCCCAACGCCUUUCGAAUACGUGACCUCCUCUGAAGCUACUAAAGACCUCCCUGACAUUGGAGAUGGGCAAACCUACCAGUGUACGAAGCAUCCAGAUCAUGUCGUGCCUAUAAGUAUCUCCACGGAUCUGCGAUCUCAAAUCAACGCCAUUCCAACGUGGCCACGCGGGUCUAAGUUCUCUACUGCCUGGGACGAAGGGAACGGCGUUAUGACCAAGGAGCAGCGCAACCUGUUUCCGAGACUCACGAAAACUGGAAGGGUUCCUCAGUGUGUCCAGAAAGAGUCAAAUGCCUGGGGGAGAGUGCAUCCAAACCGUCUCUUCAGAACCAUCGUCGCCUGCACCUAUCCGCUGGAUUCUCGCAUGGGCACUUGUCUGCACUGGGAUCAGCAGCGGACGAUUACGGCUAUGGAAGCAAGACGAGCACAGAGUUUCCCGGACGAGGAGGUUCUCGUGGGUAACCCUCGUGAGAAAUGGAAAGUUGUUGGCAAUAGUGUCUCGAGAGCUGUAUCUCUGGCCUUGGGCUUAUCUCUCCGAGAGGCUUGGCUGAAGAACCCACCUGACGAUGAACCCAAAAGAGUGCCCGUGGCCAAAGAAGCCGUGGUAGCAGUCAAGCCUACAAAGGCCAACGCUGUCCAUCGAGCUGUUCAAUCAACCCGACCUCAACAAGUAAUCCUUGGGGAAGACUCCGACGAGCUUCGCGGCGAAGAAGCUACUGGGCGGAAGUUCGGAGGGUCGCUCGGCCCCCUUCCAUUGCGAUCACCUUCACCCAGCAAUUCUGAUACUUCAACACUUGUGUCUGGACCCAUAACCCAAACCAAUACCAAGCAGAAGUCUCUCAUACGGCAGCUACACAGCACGACACAAGAGACGAAAAUUUUACCACCCGUGAAAAAUCUCAAGCGGUCACACAGCAUGUUUCAAGAAACGAGAAUCCUACCUUCAGAAAGGGCGUACAAGAUCCCAAGGCUAACGGAUUCUGCAUCCAUCUCCUCGGGAUCUAAGGAAUCGACGCCUGGGGCUCCUAGUAGUGGGAUGAACCCAGCGAAAGGGGGAAGACGGUCUGUUGGUAAUUUGAGUUUGAGCCAGAGCAGUUGGUCUGCAAGCAGUCUGAGUUCGAAUCAUGAACGCAGAGGAAUCUCGAAUCUGCAUGCUCCCCGGAAAUGGACAUGCGACGACGAGGCUAGGGAUAGAAAUUCGGGGAUAAAUAACGAAGACAGCGAAGGAAAUAGAGGAAAACUCCCUACCACAUCCACAUCAUCUCUUUCCCCCUAUUCACACCCAAGCUCCUUCGGCGCCCUCCCAACCCAAGGACAGUCAAAAGCGCCCAACCCCACGCCCUCCAACCGCCAAUCCUUCCCCAACAUUCUCUCCGAAAACGAGAUCCUUAUCCCCAGACUCCUACCAAUCCCUAAACCAAAACCCCUCCCAGCGAAGAAGUACGUCCCGGUUGAUAACAGCAUCUUUAACGCCUACGCGCAGACGAGUCGCGUUAUGAGGAUGACUCCCGACACGCAUAACUCCCGCAGGAGGCGGGCAAGGAAGCGCUUGUAA